AUGGCGGUGAGCGGAAAACUUGUCUACAAAGUAAUUCUGCUCGGUGAACUCGGAGUCGGAAAAACGUCCCUGUUUAGGAGGUUGCGUGACAACGUUUACGAAGAAACGAUAGCCGUGGCAUCGGGAAUUGACUGUUGUUUUAAAAAGUUUGAAGUCGACGGGGAGCAGAUCAAGUUGAAUAUAUGGGACACUGCUGGCGUUGAACGGUUCCGCACUUUGACCAAGAAUUAUUACCGGGGUGCGCAUGCUGCAAUCUUUGUGUACGCCCUCGACGACCCUUCGUCUAUACAGUACCUCUCUCAAUGGGUAAGAGACGCAAAUGACUACGCCGACGAGGCAACUCGGAUAAUGAUUGGUACGAAGUUAGACACCGCAGUGCUUGUCGAUACUGACACUGUGAAAAACUUUGCGGCUACACACUGUAUAGACCACAUGUUUACUAUUUCUGCAAAAACGGGUGAAGGUGUUGAAGACUGUUUUGUCGAGAUUUCUAGAUUACUACGGGCCCCAAGUAAAGACACACAGAGACUGAUGGCAUAUAUGCACAAUGUGGACUUAAACGAAGGCGUGUCACCCAAUGAGAAGAAGCUGUUUGGAUGUUGCAGCUGA